GGGGCAAACCCCGGAAAUUGGGUGCCCCCGUCCUUGUCCCGUGAUGCUGCUGGCACUGCUUUGCGAUUUUGGAAAGCUCUAAAUGUGACCGUUCCCUGCAGAAGGCGGUGUAUAUUGACAGGGCAAAGAUCACCGGCGAGCGCCAGGCCAAACUGGGAGACGUCAGGAGGCCCUGGGCACCCUCCCCCCCCCACCCGUGGGAGACGAGGAAAAAGGUAAAGGCGCCUGGUCUCGUUCGGGAGCCAGAGUCACGAUGAGUCAGGACUACCGAGAUCUUGCAGCUGUGGACGUGGAGGACGACGAAGACGAAAUACAGCUCCGAAAAGCCUCCCAGAAACGCUCCCCAGGACUAUCAUGGAGGCAACGAAUCUGCCCCAGCCGUCGCCUGGUCCUGAUCCUGCUGGGAGUGAGCGCUAUCCUCACCAUCGCAAUCAUUGUCUUUGGCGCCAAAGGCAGUAAACGCAGCUCUCAGCUAUCGGGGAUGCGCGAUACGCUUACGAGCCUGAAUCAAAGUAUUGGUGAUGGGAUCGUCUCCCUCCAGCAGAAGGGGACGGACACGGCGGCGAAGAUCACGCAGCUGGAGGGGAAGGUGAAAAAGCUGACGGAGGAAGCAGAAGCAGCCAAGACACGGCUCCUGGCCCAGAUGAUAGCCUUGCAAAGGAGCUUUAGAGGCAUGAAUUGCGACUUGCAGAACUUCAAAAACAACCGAACAGAGGCCUGCUGCCCCAAAGGGUGGGACGUCUUUCGGAAAAGCUGUUACUGGGAGUCUCGACUCGGGAGGCCCUGGGAGGAAGCCAAGGCUGACUGCGAAGCCCGAGAUGCUCACCUGGUGAUCAUCAACUCCUAUGAGGAACAGCGAUUUGUGGCCGUCCGUGUGCGCCCACAGUUUAUGUGGAUCGGCUUGAGUGACGCUACCGGGAGCUGGAAGUGGGUGGACGGGACCCCCUACACCGUUCGCCGAGAGGACUGGUCCCCAGGCCAGCCAGAUAACUGGUACGGCCACAGGCUCGGAGGAGGAGAGGACUGUGCCCACCUCCACCACGACGGCCGCUGGAACGACGACCACUGCUCUCGCAACUACGGCUGGGUCUGCGAGAUGGAGGCAGUGGAAUAAGGGGGGGGAGAGCCUGCCCUUUGACCCCUGGCUCCAUGAAACUGAGUUCUCACCAGUUGCUGAGGGAUCCUGGGGGGCAAUGGGAGCAAUUUGGCUGCCUUUUGCCUGGGGAGAUUCUUCACUUUCCUCUCAAACAAACCCCUCUUACCUACUGUGUCCUAAAACAUAGCCAGCCAUACAAAGCCCUCCGUACUUGACUGCAAAAUAAAAAAAUUCCUUCAGUAGCACCUUAAAGACCAACCAAGUUUUUAUUUUGGUAUGAGCUUUCAUGUGCAUGCACAC